CCUGACUUCCUUCGGCCAGUCAGGCAACCUCCUGACGGACCUGACGGACAUGGCUGAGCUGACGACGCCGCUGCCGAGUCUGAAGAACCUCGAGCUGGCAGGAAACCUCAUUGGAAACCUCCCGGCGCAGGUGUUUCGAUGCGUGCCGGAGGUUCAGACGAUCGACUUGUCCUUCAAUAAUAUCAGCUACAUCCACGCCAACGCUUUCCUCGGCCUGACGAAGGUGAAUCAGAUCCUCCUCGAAGGGAAUCACCUCAACUACUUAGGAUCUCCGGAAGUAGGCAGGAUCGUCCUUUAUAACGAGGUGGGCUUCCUGAGUCUAGAGGAUAGUGGCAUCGAGGCGCUUGAGUCGGGUUUCGUCGAAGGCCUUGGAGACCGCUCCAGCCUCUCUCUCUCGCGGAACCCGAUGCUGCGCUUCCCCGAGGACGUCUUCGGCGACCUCCUGAGGAGCAUCACCGUCUCGGACAUCCCGGUCAAGACGGGGAUCGAUUUCUACUACAACUUCAUCCAAUGUGACUGCGACUUCCUGUGGCUCGCGAAGGACAGGUGGCUGAACGUCCACGUCUACGGAGGCUUCUGUGGGCCGAGGAGCGACGACUGGAAAGAGUGGGUGAGUCUGCACAGCGUCGACGCCGAGGAACUGGAGAGGAACUGCUCUUCUCUGAACACCCCUGAGCCUCCCGGGCCCUUGAGGGUGUGAGGGAAGUUUGGGAAGAAUAUUAGGGUGUGGGGAAAUUAAAGAUAAUUAAGAGAAUAUUAGAGAAUGAAAAGGGAACAGGAGAAAAACUGCUCCUCUCUAAACACCCAUGAGCCUCCCGGGCCCUUGAGGGUGUGAGGGAAGUUUGGGAAGAAUAAUAGGGUGUGGGAAAAUUAAAGAUAAUUAAGAGAAUGUGAAGAGAAUAUUAUAGAAUGAAAAGGGAACUGGAGAAAAACUGCUCUUCUCUGAACAACCCCCGAGCCUCCUGGUCCUCUGAAGGUGUGAAGGACUCUGAGGAAAAAUAAUAAAGUCAUAAAAUUAAAGAAAUAUAGAAAUAGUUAUAUUUCCGUUGUACUUAAGAAUAUUAAAGAAUAUUAAAAGGGAGACCAGCUAUUCUUUCACUGAACGCCACCGAAAACCUGGUCCUUUGAGAGUGUGAAGGAAUUUUGAAGAAAUUAAUAAGUAAGAAAGGAUAUUAAUGGAAACAAAUAGUGAUAUUUCUGUAGGAUUUCAGGAGAAUAGAAAAGAGAGAAGAAUAAAAAAAAAUAGGGGGGGAAUUAGAGAUAAACUGUUCUUCAGGAAUAUUUUUUGUAUUAUUUAGUUUUCUCACUUUCUGUGUCCUUCACUCCUUCAGAAAUACCAUUAUUAUCAAACUAGAAAGUAAGAAAAUAAGAGAAGUAGAACAGAUAAUGAUUUUCCUAAGUGACGAAAGAAAAUGUAAAAGUGAGAAAAUUUAAUUAAAUUUAAUCAAAAUAUAUGUAUAUAUUUCUGAAGGACUUGAGAAAACAAAUAAAACAAA